AUGAGGAUCCAUUACCUCCUCUUCACGUUUCUCCUGGUGCUGUUGUCACCUCUUGCAGUCUCUACUCAAAGAAUCAAGAAUCCUAUAACUUGCAUCACCAAUGGAGGCAUAUGCUGGGGCCCAUGUGGUUCAGGGUUUAAACAGAUUGGCACUUGUGGCCUUCCUAAAGUCAGGUGCUGCAAGAAAACAUAA